AUGGCUGACUUCAUUAAUCCAGUCAUUGACAUCCUAACUCGUUUGUGUGGUUAUUGCGCCAAAUGGGCAGAUUCAAUACGCAAUCUUGGAGAAAACGUCAACUCUUUGGAAAGUGCUUCAGAUCAACUCUACGACAUUUAUCAUGAUGUCAAGAUGAAGGUCGAAACGGCAGAGCAAGACCCAUGGCUAACCGUUUUGCAACGGGUAAGGGGUUGGAUGCGCAGAGAAGAAGAGCUACGAAAUCAAGUCGAAGACAUUUUGAAGCAAGGUCGUCAAGAAAUACAAGCCAAGCGUUUCGGAGGUUGUUGUCCCAGGAAUUGUCAGGCUAGCUACAAGCUACACAAAAUGGUUGCCCAGAAGUUGAGUGAUGUUAACAAUCAUAUAAGCAAAGGGCAUUUUGAUAUUGUAACAGAAAAGCUUACCCGUAAUAGGUUCGAUGAACUUCCUGUGGAUAAGGCUGUGGGAGUAGAAUCAACAUUUGAGGAGCUAUGUUCAUGCUUUGUGAACAACCAUGAGCGCAUCAUUGGUUUGUAUGGAAUGGGAGGGGUAGGCAAAAUGACUCUACUUAAGAAAUUCCGCAAUGAAUUCCUCUUAAAAAUACCAUAUCAUUACACAGUCAUCUGGGUUGUGGUGUCUAAAGAUGCAGAUGAAGGAAAAAUUCAAGAUGCCAUUAGGAAGAAAUUACAAGUCCAAGAUCAUAUUUGGGAUAAUAAGACGGUGGAUGAAAGACCUGUUGUGUUAUACAAUAUCUUAAAGAAUAAGGAAUUUGUGUUUUUAUUAGUUAAUGUGUGGGAAAGGAUUGAACUUUUGAAAUUGGGAGUUCCUUCCCCUAAUGAUCAUGAAUGCAAGAUAAUAUUUACUACUCGAUCAAAAGAGGUAUGCAGUCAAAUGGAUGCAUAUAGAAGCAUCAAAGUAAAUUGCUUCACACCAGAUAAAGCAUUUGACUUGUUUAAGGAGAAAGUGGGUGUUACUACUCUUACAAAACCUCAUGUAUCGCCUCUUGCAAAAUAA